CCAAACUUGAAUAUAAAAGUCGGCUCUACGUGGGAUUACCCUCUCGGUUUCGAUCUAACAACAAGCAAUGUUGAAGUGAGCAAGAAGUUUUAUAGCGUCGACCUAUUUAACACGGAGGCAUCUGAUAUUGCAGCCCUAAUCAACAAAGGCCACUCAAUUGUCUGCUACUUUAGCGCUGGUAGCUAUGAAAGUGGUCGGCCAGACUCGAGCAAAAUACCACCCUCGGCCAUUGGCAGUAAAAUGGACGGAUGGCCUGAGAAAUGGCUCGACACUCGGAACAAGGGAGUUCGCAGUGUCAUGGCAGCUAGGAUACAGACAGCUAAGGACAAAGGAUGCCAAGGUGUAGAUCCCGACAAUAUUGAUGGAUUCAACAAUGAAACCGGCUUCAAUCUUACGCAGGCUGACAGCGUCGACUUUCUCAAAUUUUUGGCUGGAAAGGCUCAUGAUGCCGGCUUAGGCUUUGGCCUAAAGAAUGGUCCCACGAUGGUCGACGAAGUUGUUGACAUUGCUGAGUGGGCAAUCAAUGAAUCCUGCAUAGAAUAUGACGAAUGCGACUCUUUUCAACCUUUUAUCGAUUCUGGUAAACCCGUGUUUCACGUCGAGUAUACUGAUAGCGACAGCCCAUCUGAUACUUGGAAAGAAAAAGCAUGUGGUGUCAAAGGGUUCUCAAAUAUCAUCAAACAUGAAGAUCUGGAGGACUGGAACAUGAGUUGCUAG